AGGAGGAAUGGCGGGAGCUCCGCCAUCAUCGUCCUCCUCCUCCUCUUCCUCGUCGGCGAACCCAUCGUCAUCUUCAGGUCUUCCCCCGCCUCCGCCGCCUCCGAAGAUCCUCCUUGCAAAACCCUCGCCGGGCCCCGCGGCCGCCCAGGACUCUUCCUCCGCCGGAGCUCCUCCGCCCUCCUCCGUCCCCGGCGGCGUCUUACUUUGGUCGUCUCGCAACGCUCCUCAACCAGGAUUCCUCAAUCUCUUCUCGGAUACUUGGGAGUACCACACUGAGAGAAUCCUACCGUUUUUGACAGACAACACUGAAUUCAAUGUUGUUGGGAUUAUUGGGCCAACCGGAGUGGGCAAGUCGACUAUUUUGAAUGAGCUUUAUGGAUUUGAUGGAAGCUCUCCUGGAAUGCUUCCGCCUUUUGCAACACAGUCUGAAGAAACCAUAGCCAUGGCAAAACAUUGUACUGCUGGAGUUGAGCUGAGGGUUUCUUCUGAAAGGCUAAUCCUCCUUGAUGCUGAUUCAUUUAUAUUUGUGAAUAUUUAUGGGCAAACUCAGUUGUCAUGA